CAUGGCUUUGGGAAUCUGGAAGGAGAGCAUUGGCUGGGCCUGGAUCACACCCACUGGCUGACCCGACAGGGCUCUUACGUGCUGCGAGUGCUUCUGGAAGACUGGAACGGGCGACAGGCCCAGGCGAGUUACGACACUUUUGCCCUGGCGCCCGAGAAUGAUUUCUACCGGCUGCGUCUGGGGCGCUACCAGGGCAGCGCCGGCGACUCCCUCUCCUGGCACAACGGGCGACAGUUCAGCACGCUUGACCGUGACCACGACGCUUACUCCGGGAACUGCGCCCACUACCAGAAAGGGGGCUGGUGGUACAACAUGUGUGCCCACUCCAACCUGAACGGCAUCUGGUACAAGGGUGGCCAUUAUCGAAGCCGCUACCAGGACGGCGUCUACUGGGCGGAGUUUCGUGGUGGCGCCUACUCGCUCCGCAAGGUGGCCAUGAUGGUCCGGCCCACGCCGAGCACCUAGUUCCCCCUCUGCGGGGGAGGCUAGGAAACCACAUGCUGAGGGAGAGUACAGACAUACUUAAGAACGGGAGUUACCCUGCCCGGGAGACACAGCUACCACACCGUCGUCAGAUGUACCCUCUCCUCUCUGGGGCAGAGCUUGGGGGGAAGCCAGUUCUGCCAGUCCGCUUCUCAGUCUGGUUGGGCACGGCAGUGACGGCCUGAGGAUCUGUGACAUCCACCGGAACAUCAGCAGAGCCCUGCUGGGUCAGACCAGCAGUUCAUCCAGUCCAGC